CUUCCUCGAAGGAUAUUCCAGCGUGCAUGAUCUUAACUCCCACGGCAGAGUUUACUGGAACAUGAUGGUAGAAAUACAUAACUUCUGAUAAUAUCGUUUCUAUUUUCAGCGGUUGAACUCCGGGCACUUGUCACGGUAGUUCACUUCACAGCUUCCGCAACAUGUCUAUCGGUUCUCCAAAUUCUAGAUUGUCGACUAAUCCUGGAUCGCCCUUGAUGUUUUCACGAAGUGGGAGGGCCAAAUCUAGUGAGAUCGACGAACUUGAUCUCAACAAGCGUGAUACCCCCAUGAGGAACGCUUCCGAGGCUGCAGUCCAUUACAUGCGCCCUUCAAGUGAUGCACAACUUGAUAUUAUGAGACAGACACCAAGAGCCAACUUGCAUGGAGUCAGGGAUCAGGUCGAUGACGACGAGGGGUCUUCACAGUCUGGGAUACCCGUAUGGCGUGGACCCAGUGGUCUAACAGUACAUGCCCAGCAACAUUCAGACAAUCGAUUUGCCUCAAAUCCAGGUAGCAUACACCCGAUUAUCGCCAUGCCUGUGAAUCCUUCCACCAGUGAAAGGCAAAGCAGACAGCAGGACAGAGAGGGAACUCCGAGCUUACCAUUAAGAACCGCCGUUGAACCUGCAAGCGAUUGGUCUCAGCAUGCAACUCCCCGCGCCCAGACGAAGCAUGAUUUUGAAGACAAUGAUCUAACAUCGCGCCUGAGAAACCUUGAUGGUGUUCCCGAGGGCUCCGACAUCGAGAGAACCCACCAGAAACUCGACGAUUCAUCUGGUGUGGUUAGAUUUAAGAAUGUGCAUCUGAACGAUGGAGAAGCCGAGAUCCAUGCCUUGGAAUCGGCACUCUCUGAAUGCUGGUCACUAUGUAAUACACUAGCCAGCCUAAGCCAUAUCCACCAAAGAAGUACAGAACACAGCAGCAGUAUAUCGGAACCGUGGAAAUCCUGCUGGCGGCUUUGUCAGGAACUAUAUGCCUAUCAGGGGGGUGAUUUCCCAUCCCAGAUCGAUCCAACACUUGAUACUUGUCGCGACUUCUGCCAGACAUUAUUUGAAGCCAGGGCACGAGACGAUGAGCUUGUCGACUCGGUGCUACGCGUAAGCUUUGAGCUCAAUAAUCAUCUGUACAAUACCCGUGACCGAAACUUGCCCGAUGCUUUUAGGGAAAGGACAUUGGAGUUCUACAUAACGCUAUGUCAUCGCCUCAUGAAGCAAAGAAUGCGACUAUCCAGAACAGAAUCCCUCUUGAGUGCCUGCUGGUCAUUGGCGGAAAUCUUAUUCAAUAUGCGGCAAAUUUUCAAAGAGAGGAGACGGCUAGAUGAGGAUUUGGUUGGUGCCGCCGUCCAGGCUUGUUGGGAACUUUGCGAUAUUUUCAGACAAGGAUGGACGCAACGCAGUUUACGCAGCCCCGACCGUGGCACACCUCGGCCGAGCCAGGCGAUAUUCACAAGCGUUAUCCCACACACCGAGCCAGACGAGUUUGAUUCUAGUGAUAAACAAGACGAUCAAUUCGUUCAGAACCCCGAGACACCGACAACUAUCUUUGAGGACAUUGCUACCGCAUCAUCUGAAGAAGCGCCCAUCCAGAACAUCUUUAUAUUGGGCCAAAACAGGAAUGAAGACCCGCAUCCAACAUGGUCUUCCAAUUCGUCAAGCAUUUCUGACCAAACGCAGUCAUCCGAGCAAACUUCCUCGACGAACACCGUGACUAAUACUCCUAUUCAGAUAUCCCCAACCUGCAGAUCCUGGUGACGAAGGCUGCAGUAGACAGUUGACUUUGAGCCGAAGUAACUCUCAGAAUCCCCAAUAUUUGUGGGGCCACUCUCAUCUGAUGCUUUCGGGACAUGACCAUGGCAAGUGUCUCCGGCAAAGAGGCACAAGAGCCUGGUCGCGUUUCACCCAACUUCCCGGAAGCCCGUGGCC